GCUGGCUUCAAGCAUAAAAAGCAUCUGUAUUGAGUAUCUAGCCGCAGUCAGCCCUGCAAAUGUUUGGAUCCACCAUACUGCUGAAAUUGAUUCUCACUCUACCUAGCAACAUUCUAGGACACAACGGAAAUAACGAUCGAUCUUCAAUGUAGACGUCACUACCCGCAUAUGAUGCAAUCAUGGAACAUCAAGUGCCUACCAGCGAAAGAACAGCAACAGAAACAAGUACAAUACACUGAAGGAAAGUCAGACCGCAGAAAGUCCUUCAGAAAAUUCUACAAUGUCGCCCUCAGGUCUUGCCAUUCUCAUUGGAGCCGGCCCUGCUACUGGCACAGGAAUAGCACGCAUCCUAUCAUCUCCAGCUCAUGGCAACCUCGCCGUCGCACUUUUAGCCCGACGCCCCGAAAACAUCCAAAGCGUCAUCUCCAAAGUUCGUUCCGCCAACGAAAACGCGAUUCUCGAAGCCUUUCCGAGCGACACUUCGAAAGCAUCUCUAGAGAAGGCGUUCGCAGAUAUCAAAGAACACGAGAGCUUCAAAGGCCUGAAGCUGAAGCUGGCGAUAUACAGCAUCAAGCAUUCGAGCAAGAAGCCGUUUUUGGAAGAGACGAGGGAAGACUUUGAGGAUAGUCUGGAGACUUAUGUUGGUGGGGCGUUUACGUUUGCGCAGGAGAGUUUGAAGAGGUUCUUUGUGGAUCAUGGGGAGAAGGGCUUGAUGGAUGGGUCGGAGAAGAAGGGCACACUUAUCUUUACUGGCACGCUCGGCGCGCUUCGAUGCAGUGCUCAAUUCGCUGCAUAUGGUGCUGGGCGCGCCUCUGUCCGUCAAUUGGCGCAGACAUUGGCUCGCGAGAUGAGCGAGAAGGGCGUGCAUGUCGUACACACGAUUGGUAAUGGUGCAAUUGCAGAUGAAGACGGAGAAGAUCAAAAGGUGGGUAAGAAGAUGAGCGCUGAUGCUGUUGGUGAGACGUACCUGUGGCUGCAUCAACAGAAGCCUUGCUUGUGGACGCAUGAGCUGGACAUGAGGCCCGCUUGUGAGAAGUUUUAGAUGUGGCAGACAGGGCGAUAUUGAAGAUGCAAAUAGAAGAGAUUACGCAAAAAGAUCUAUACCACUGGGUGGAAAUGAGUAUACAUAUAAG